AUGGGCAGCUUGAUGGCCGGAUGCCUACUGGACGCUGGUAUCCAUUUGACUGUCCACGAUUUGCGAAGCUCGGCGGCGGAAUCAUUGCUGGAGCGCGGCGCAUCCUGGGCGGAUACGCCACGUCAGGCGGUUGACGGUUGCGGGAUGGUUUGGGCGUCGCUACCCGGCCCUGAUCAGGUGGUUUCGGCGUUGCUGGGCGACGAAACCGGUGCCCUCGUCGGCAUGGCGAAUGGCGCGGUGCUGGUGGACACCACCACCGACGAUCCCGACGUCGCCCGGCGCGUCGCCGCCACGUGUCGGCAGAACGGUGUGGCGAUGCUCGACGCGCCGGUCAGCGGCCGGCCGCCCAACAUGACCAUGAUGGUCGGUGGCGACCGAUCUGUUUUCGAUCAGGUUUUUGCCGAUCUUGAGAAAGUUGCGGCGCGAGUUUUUUAUGUCGGUGAAUCCGGCGCCGGAUGUGCGGCCAAGCUGGCAACGCAAUACAUGGGAUACACCAACCUGAUCGCGGCGAUACAGGGCAUGCUGAUUGGCAAGGCAGCCGGAAUCGAUCCGGCGGUGCUGGCUGAGAUAGUUCCAGUCAGCGCCGGCGCCAGUAGGGCUUUCAACGCCAUACCCAACGCCAUCCUCGAUGGUUCCUACCAGGCCGGCGGUACUCUGGACAUCGUGGCCAAAGACGUUGCGUUGGCGUGCGCCCUGGCCGCACGAUUGAACGUGCCAGCGACCACCGGCUCAGCGGCGGAUGCGCUGUAUCGGGCCGCUCAGGAACGUGGCUGGGGCAGCGAUGGCUACCCGGUGGUGGCCCGUAUCCUGGAGGAACUGGCGGGGCAGAGUUUGAACGAAAGUUAA